AUGCGUCUCACCGCCCCCAUGAUCUUGACGACGUUUGCAAUCUUGUUGGAGGCAGUCUUAUCGAUGGAUGGAGUUAUCCCGACUGAAACAGCCUCGACGGCAGAUGAGGACCUCAUCUGGCGCGCCUUGGAUGUACCCACUCCCCCCAACCCGGAAGAAGAGCCGUGGCACCGAGAGGACUGCAAGUCCCAUCGAGUCAGGUGGAACGCGGCGCACCAGUUCUGCUAUGGCUGCCAAACCUUAAUUGCUGACCCUCAGAGCGGUUACCUAGCUUGUCACACUUGCCGCAUGAUAAAACCUGGAUCGACGAGGCAGAUCAACAUCUGCACAAAAGCCAGUUGCCUGACUUCACCACUUCCAACUUCAAGCGCGUGA